GUCGUGAUAACUCCUUCUUCCUUCCUUCCAAGACCCCUUUCAUUCAUCAUUCCAGCGACUGCACCUCUCUCUCUCUCUUCUCCUCUCACCCUCUCCCUCUCCAAAUUCCAUCACCACCAAACUUCACAAUGGCGGCUGAAGGCGACUCCCCCGCGCGACCCCGCGUCUACUUCGACAUCUCCAUCGGCGGCAAGUCCGUCGGUCGUAUCACCAUGGAGCUCUACGCCGACCUCGUCCCCAAGACAGCCGACAACUUCCGCUCUCUCUGCACUGGUGAGAAGGGCAUCGGAAAGUCUGGAAAGCCUCUGCACUAUAAAGGCUCCGUCUUCCACCGCGUCAUCAAGCAGUUUAUGAUCCAGGGUGGUGAUUUCACUGCUGGCGACGGCACUGGAGGCGAGUCUAUUUACGGCAACAAGUUCGACGACGAGGCUUUCCCCAUCAAGCAUGAGAAGCCUUUCCUUCUGUCCAUGGCCAAUGCUGGUCCCAACACCAACGGCUCCCAAUUCUUCAUCACCACCGUCCCUACCCCUCAUCUCGAUGGCAAGCACGUCGUAUUCGGAGAGGUUCUCAACGGCAAGUCCGUUGUUCGCCAGAUCGAGAACCUUACUACCCAGUCAGGCGACCGUCCUGCUAAGGAGGCUCUCAUUGUCGACUGUGGUGAGCUCACUGGCGAUGCCGCCCUCGCUGCCGAUGUGAAGCAGCCCGACGCUCUCGGCGACCCCUACGAGGACUUCCCCGAGGACUGCACCGACACUCUCGACGCUGUCGCUGUUCUCAAGAUCGCAAAGGCCAGCAAGGACUACGGCAACACUGCUUUCAAGUCAGGUAACUACUCGCUUGGACUCGACAAGUACCAGAAGGGUCUGCGCUACAUCAACGAGGAGCCCGAGCUUGAGGACCAGCCUCAGUCCAUCAAGGACGAGCUCGAAGCCCUGCGCUUCUCCCUCAACAACAACUCAGCCCUCCUCAACAUCAAGCUUGAGGCCUGGGACGACGCUGCCCGCUCUGCUUCCGCUGCCCUCGAAGUCGGCGGAGUCAAGGACGCCGACCGCGCAAAGGCUUUCUACCGUCGCGGUCUUGCCAACAUCCACCUCAAGGACGAGGAGGCUGCUGUGCGCGACCUGACCGAGGCCAACAAGCUCGCGCCCAACGAUAGCGCCAUUACCCGCGAGCUCAACGGCGUCAAGACCAAGGCUGCUGCUCGCGCUGCCAAGGAGAAGGCUGCUUACAAGAAAUUCUUCACCUAAGUGAUACCUGCCCAGAAGGCAUCACAGGGAAAAUAGAAGGCGUCCGUUUUUUACUCAUCAUGAGCGGUAUAGAACGCCAGUUGUAUUUACAAAACUAAAGCCAAUGUUUGACAUGACAUGACAAGGGGGGGCGGAGGACAUGAUCCAUCUUUUAUUAUAACAUGACCCAUGCGAGGGAAAAGCGGGUUACAAAGGAGUCGGCGCUGAAUGAGAUACCAUCGAAUUGCAUAUGUUGCAAUCUACUUUAUACGAUACGGCGCCAUGAUGAUUGUGAUAUGUGUGAUUAAGUGACCUUCUGCCAUGUAGGGUUGAAUCAAGGGGCAGGGUGUCCGAUGACAGUCUCUGUAAAGAAUAUGGUCGCAAUUCAUGGUCAAGUUUAUCUCUUAUUUUAUCUAAAAGUUACAAUAUUCCAUCCCCUUUUUCUAUAUGCCCACCCAACCAACAAUUUACUCUGUUUCCUUCUCCGUUAGACAACGCCCAGCGUUUAUCACGGUCUGAUCCCUCCCAAACCAAAGACUAGACUCCAUUGCUAAAUAUGUUUGAUAGAUGACCACUCUAUAAGUCUACAAGCCCGCCCUCCAACACCAACCGCAGAGAAAGAUGUAAAAGAAAAAAACCCGCACAAAAGAAAGAAAGAUGAAGAAAUAUGUUGAAAAGAUGAGACAAGAUAUAGAUGGUGUUUGAAAGAAGUUGUAUUGUUUCAUUCAAUCAUAAAGACUAGCUCUCUCCCCCAUCUAGUCGUCAAGAAGGUAUAC